GAAAGAAAGGACAUGCAGAUGCUGGGGUGAAGAAUGUGGGAAGAGAGAGAGAGAAGGAGGGACAGAGAGAGAGAGAAGGAGGGAUAGAGAGAGAGAGUGAAAGUGUACAUGUUCCAGAGUCAUCCCUCAGUAUCUGUAGGCCACAGGAGGAGAGAGGGGGGAGACAGCAAGAGUGAGAGAGAGAGGUAGAGAGAGAGAGAGAGAGAGAGAGGAAGGGAGAGACACAGAGAUAGACUCAUCAAAGGGUAAAUGAACCAGAAACCCUUCCCUGUAUACCAAAAGAGGAGGGAAAGGGAGAGUGAUUAGAGAGAGAGGGAAGGAGAAAGGAGAGAGAGAGAGUGGUAAAGUGACAUUGCAUUCUACACUGUGUGGAAAAGCCAAGGCGACUGGAGAAAAUUGCAGGCGAAUUGUGUGUGCUGGCUUCACACUUUCUCACACUUUCUUUUUUUGGAAAAUGGUGGGAUUCUCUUCCUCCUCAGCUGUUGCCACGGUGAUGGAGCACCUGGUGUCAGAGCUGAACGUCCUGCUGAAGAUGCUGGACCAGGAGGCGCUGAGCCCGGUGACCGCGGAGAAGAAGGCCGCCGUCAGAAGCCUGCUGAAGCAGAUGCAGCCUUCAGUGAAUGGAACAGACAUAUACGUGAACACAUCUCUCUAUGGAAAUGGAACCAGCUUUGUGGCAUCCCUGUUUGAAGAGUUUGACUGUGACCUUCAGGAGCUCAAAGAUACUGCUGAAGAACCAAAAGACCUCCCAGACACCCCAGAAAUACCCCCUUCAAAAUCGAGUCCAGCAGACACGCCCCCUCCCCUGCCAACCACGCCCCCUCCCGAGGACUACUAUGAGGAAGCCGUGCCCCUCAGCCCAGGAAAGUCGCCCCAGUACAUCACCACCCGCAACAGCUCCAGCCCCCCCAAUUCUAUCGAGGACGGAUACUACGAAGACGCGGACAACAACUACCCCACCACCUGCUUGAAUGGCCCUCUGAAGAACUCCUACAACGACUCAGAUGCCCUGAGCAGCUCGUACGAGUCGUACGACGAGGAAGAUGAGGAGGCGAAGGCCAGGCAGCUGACGCACCAGUGGCCAUCGGAGGAGAACUCCAUGGGCCCCGUGAAGGACUGCCGGAUCUGCGCCUUCCUCCUGAGGAAGAAGAGGUUCGGCCAGUGGGCCAAGCAACUGACCGUCGUCCGUGACAGCCGGCUUCUGUGCUACAAGAGCUCCAAAGACCACACCCCGUACAUCGACCUGCCGCUGAACCUCUGCAACGUCAUCUACGUGCCCAAGGAUGGCCGACGCAAGAAGCACGAGCUGCGCUUCUCCCUGCCCGGCGGGGAGGCCCUGAUCCUGGCCGUCCAGAGCAAAGAGCAGGCCGAACGCUGGCUCAGGGUGAUCCGGGACCUGAGCAGCCAGGAAUCCGUGGGAUUGGACGAGUCCACGUCUCCCAUGAUCCUCCGCAAGCUGGAACUAGAGAAGAGGCUGUCAGCUGAUAAGCACACCUCUGAUUCGGACAGCGUGGCCACGGGCGAAGUGUGCUCCAGCCACGCCCGGGACGGCCGCGAGCACGGGAAGGCGAAGCGGGGCGCCCUGUCGGAGCUGACGGGGUCCAUGAGCCGGGCGGCGGGGCGCAAGAUCAACCGGAUCAUCAGCUUCUCCAAAAAGAAACCCCCGCUCCCCGGGGAACCCCCUCUCGACGAAGACAACCCUCGAUGCGGCUAUCUGAACGUCCUGGUGAACCAGUGCUGGAAGGAGAGGUGGUGUUGUGUGCGCGGCGGGUUUCUGUGCUUCCAGCAGGACAGGGGCGACCCCAGCGGGAACCUCAACGCAGUGGCCCUGCAGGACUGUGAGGUGGCCCCUGGGCUGGGGCCCAAACACCCCUUCGCUUUCCAAAUCCUGAGAGGAGGCAGCGAAGUGCUGGCACUGGAGGCCAGCUGUUCGCAGGAAAUGGGGCGCUGGCUGGGGGUUCUGCUGGCAGAGACCGGGUGCGCCGCCGACCCGGAGGCCCUGCACUACGACUACGUGGACGUGGACACCAUCGCCAACAUCCGCGACGCGGCGCGCCACUCCUUCCUGUGGGCAACAUCCUCCAGUAAUGCCUCCACACACAGCAGGACCUAUGACGAGGUCCCGUAUGAGAAGGUGCAGCACCCAGAGGAGCAGGGGAAGAAGAGAGGACUGGUGAAGAAGAGCACCUCCCCCUCCAGUGGGGGUAACCAGAAGGGCAAAUCCCAAGUCACCAUCAACCGCCAUGGCUCCAAUGCCAAUCAGUACGGGAAGUACGGGAAGAGAAGAGCAGAGGAAGACGCCCGCCGGUACCAGGGAGAGAAGGACGAGUUGGAGAGGCAGCGGGAGGACAUCCGCAAAACGCUGGUCUCGCUCCGCCAAGAGAGGAGGGAGAAGAAGGAGGAGCUGAAGAGUGCAACAGGUAUGCGUAAGAAGGUUCUGGAAGAGCGGCUGGCGCAGCUGGAGGAGAGAUGCCGGGGGAAGGAGGGGGAGCGGGUGGACCUGGAGCUCAGGCUCAAUGCAGUGAAGGAGAACCUGAAGAAGUCCCUGGCAGGAGGAGCCCUGGGAGCACCUGGAGAGACCAGGCCUACCGGCACGGGUGGCAAGUCCGACAGCCCGUACAGCGAGUCUGCCCUGCCAGUCAACUGCGCCUCGGAAAUGCGCAAACGCCCCCCCUCCAUCUACGCCUCCAACCGCGGCACCGUCAUGCAGAAAGCCAAGGAAUGGGAGUCAAAGAAAGGGAGCUAAAGAAGGACAGCGACAGGCCUUCUCUGCUGCUCCAGGGACUGCAGGGUACCAAUCCAACGUCACGAGAAAGGGAGAGAGAGAAAGAGGAAGAGAGCGAGACAGAGAGAGGUAGAGAGUGAGAGAGAGUGAGAGAUCCUGUCACCAGACCUGAUAAUCUCUCACUCCCUCCACUGAACUAAAGUCUCAUUCACCGCAACCAGUAGAUCUAGCGAAUUAAGAACGUCUAAAGUUCACAGCCAGAACAGGACAAGAUGUCGUGAGUCCUGACACUUGAAUGUUUCCUCGGGCAUCACACAUUUGCUCGCACACGCACCCGACACUCAUCUCUUGAGUUUUUGGCGCUGGUGACUGUAGCUGUGUCUCAGGACUUCACACAACUGACCGGGAAGAAGCAUUUUUAAGAAGCCUUGAAGCAUCAAAGAAUCUUAAUUUCUUUUAUUUUUUUCUCCCUUUUUUUGGAAGAGCCACGUUAUUGAAAGAAGUGAGAGGAUGGCAAAAUGUGAAGAUUUGAACGGAUUUUUGAAAGUGUGAUUGUAAGUUUAGAACACUGCUCUUGAGGGGUUACCAGAGGGAGAGAACAUGCAUGAUUCACUCACAUGAGAGUUGUAAUAAAAAUGACGACAAGCCAUAAUGUUCUAGAGCCAUUUGUAUACAUUUGUUAAAUAUGUUUGAAAGACGUUUUGUUAAAAUAUAAAAAUAUAUAUUAUUAAAAUAUAUGUUAAAAAGUAAUAAAAAAUGUGUUUUACUGUGCAAUUUUGCCUCGGUGCCUUAUGAACAGAAUGUCAUAUGGGAUGGCAAUCUGAGUUUCAUGGUUAUAAACGUGUGGUGCUAAUGUGAAUCAGACAAAAAUAUGCAAAUUUCAAUAUUCAUAAAUUCUCAUCAGUUCAAGGAUAAUUUCUUGGAGUUAAUUGUGCAUUGUCAUCAAUGCACUAUUGAUCCGUAAAUGUAUUCACAAAUACAUGUGAAACGACAGUUCACAAAAUGACAUAUUUCAUAAUGGUGUAAGGCAUUGUUCCAGCUUUAACAAUGAGCCUCUAGCUUUGGAUUACCUGUGCACUUUACUGACAGAAUGUUUCUGUUGUUAUCCUUGUCCUUAUGGUUGUUUUCCUUCACUGUAAAAAAUAAAAGGAAAUUUUACGGUAAAAUACUGGCAACUGGGUUUGCCAGAACUUUACUGUAUAAAGAGCGCGGUAACAGUAUCCAUACGGUAGCAGGCUGUAGGCCUAUAUCUAACAAAUGUUAAAUGCAUCAUGGUGUUUUACUGUAAAUAAUACAAUUAUUUACAUUUUCACUGUUUACGGUUUUGUACCUUUGCAAUUUUACAGAUUUUCGCCAGAAAAUUCAUUUUUCAUACAUUUUUUUACGGUGUUAACAGUGUUUUACUGUUUUAACUUUUGUAUGGUGAGGGGAAAAUAUAUUUGGAAACAUAAAUCCAACUUUUUAGUUGGCUAUGUACGUUACCUUUAUUUCCAUUAAAUGUUCACUUUGUAAUAA